AUGGGGAAAGGGAUUCGAUUUUUCGAGCUCAACAACGGCGCCAAAAUCCCCUCCGUCGGGCUCGGCACAUGGAAGGCGGCUGACUACGUCGUCGGCGACGCCAUCACCGCCGCGAUUGAGGCUGGAUAUCGGCAUAUUGAUUGCGCCCAAAGAUAUGGCAAUGAGAAGGAGAUUGGUGUUGCCCUGAAGAAGUUGUUUGAUGAUGGAGUUGUGAAGCGUGAGGAUUUAUGGAUCACUUCUAAGCUCUGGAACUCGGACCAUGCUCCAGAAGAUGUACCUCUGGCCUUAACCAGAACACUGGAUGACUUGCAGCUCGACUAUAUCGAUCUUUAUCUAAUGCACUGGCCAGUGAGCAUGAAGAAAGGUUCUGUCACGUUCGAACCGCAAAAUCUGACUAAAGUGGAUGUGCCGAGCACGUGGAAAGCAAUGGAAGCACUUUGUGAUGCCGGUAAAGCCCGGGCUAUAGGCGUGAGUAACUUCUCGUGCAAGAAAUUAGCCAAUUUAUUGGAUACGGCACGUAUACCUCCGGCUGUCAACCAAGUCGAGUGUCACCUUUCAUGGCAACAGCCGAAGCUGCACAUGUUCUGUAAAAUCAAAGGAAUCCAUAUAUCGGGAUAUUCACCACUUGGCUCCUCAGGAAAAAGUGGCCUCAAGCAUGAAGUGCUUAAGAACCCGAUCGUAAUUACGGUUGCUGAGAAAUUGGGGAAAACUCCGGCACAAGUCACCCUCCGAUGGGGACUGCAGUCGGGCCACAGCGUGCUCCCGAAGAGCACUAACGAGAUGAGGAUUAAAGAGAAUCUUGAUGUGUUUGAUUGGUCAAUUCCUGAGGAUUUGUGUGCCCAUCUUUCUGAAAUCGAGCAGGUGAGGCUUAUAACAGGGUCUUCGUUUGUGCAUGAAACUUUUGGGUCCUACAAGACCAUAGAAGAACUAUGGGAUGGUGAAAUCUGA